CUCCCCAAGAAUGGCAUUUCUCUGUUUUCAACUCCACAGCGACAGCAGCCCCAGUCCUUCCAACAAAGUAGCCUCCUUUUCCCACAACAACAGCUGCAGUUGUACCAAGUGGGCAGAUCUUCGUCCGGAUUUUCAAAAGCUUUUCCUCCAUAUUGAGUGCAUGUUUGGGAACGAAUAUUGGAGUGUCGGGAUGAAAGCCAGUGGUUAGAUCAGCUUAGUCCUCAGUUUCCAAUGAAGGUUUUGAGCUUGAUGCUAGCCAUGUUGUACAGGGGCUAAACAAGUUGCAAUUAAUUAUGGCAUGGUAGCGGACAACCUUCCACCCCCAGCCCAAGUUGUACAACUGAUGAAAUCCAAGAACAUUCAAAACAUUCGCCUUUUCAACCCAAACCCUGAUGCUUUAAACGCAUUGAGAGGAUCAGGAAUCCAAGUCAUCUUAGGAGUUGUCAAUCUAGAUCUCAUCAAUCUAGCCAGUAGCCCAGCAGCAGCAGCAAGUUGGGUCCAAACGAAUGUUGCACCAUAUGCAGCAGACAUAACCUUUCGAUGCAUUGCAGCAGGAAAUGAAAUUCCAAUUCCCAGUGAUUUAUCAGGAUAUCUAAUCCCAGCAAUGCAUAACCUUAAAGCUGCAUUAAAUGCCGCAAAUUUUAAAAUCCCCGUCUCCACUGCAGGCUAUGGGUUGUGGUUAGACAAUACUUACCCUCCAUCAGCCACUACUUGGAAUAAUAGUGCAGCUCCUGUUACAGGACAAAUUGCACAAUUCUUGCAAAACUAUAGCUACCCUAUGUUGGUGAAUGCCUACCCUUUCUUUGCCUAUUCUGGUAACCCGAAAGAAAUCCGGCUAGAUUAUGCUUUAGGCAAUGCAACUGAGGUUGUUGUUCAUGAUGGGGAUUUGGGAUACAAAAACUUGCUUGAUGCAAUGGUUGAUGGGUGGUAUGCUGCACUUGAAAAGAGUGGAGGACCCAAUGUUGAGGUUAUUGUUUCUGAGACAGGUUGGCCGUCGGCAGGAGCAGAUAUAGCGACUAUGGCAUAUGCACAAACACAUAAUAACCUCGUAGUUUCUCGCGUUCAUGCAGGCAAAGGAACUCCAAAGAGACCCAUCAGUGCAGUUGACAUCUACUUAUUUGCCAUGUUUAAUGAAGACCAAAAGCCUGCUGGGACUGAGCAGAAUUUUGGGUUGUUUCACCCUGACAUGUCAGCGGUGUAUCACAUUGAUUGGUAGGUGUUUAAAUUGCAGACUAGGGAAUAAGUCUUUUUGUCAUUCUUAUGUAAUUGUUUUCAUUUCAUUUCAAUAAAAAAAAGGCAUUGAAG